AUGAGUUCCAUCCAGAUUGCAGUUGUUGGCCUUGGCCGAAUGGGCAAGCGCCAUGUGCAUACAUUGCUCUACCGAGUCCCACGGGCAAAGGUGGUGGCAGUCUGCAGUACCGAUGCUAGCGAGAUUGAAUGGGCCAUGAGCAACCAGGAGUAUAAAGACUUCGGCAUCACUGUCUAUGACAACUACGACAACAUGCUGGCUCAUCCUGGACUUCAGGCAGUCUGGAUCUCGAGCAGCACCGACGUGCAUGCAAGCCAAUCCCUGGCUGCUAUCAACAAAGACCUGCAUGUCCUUUGCGAAAAGCCACUGAGUACGGACUUGACAGAGGCCCAGUCAGUGGUUGACGCAGCAAGAGCCAAGCCUUCACUCAAAGUGAUGGCUGGUUUCUCGCGCAGAUUCGAUGCCUCCUACCGGGACGCGAGCCAGAAGAUCUUCGACAAAAAGGCCAUUGGAUCACCAUUCCUGGUGCGGUCAAACACCUGCGACUUGAAGGAUGAGACGGGCUUCUUCGUCCGAUACGCAUCUCGCAACGGUGGUAUCUUUGUCGAUUGCGCUAUUCACGACAUUGACUUGUCGCUCUGGUUCUUGGAUAACCCGACGCCCAAAGCUUGUUGGGCAGCUGGAACGCUUCAGCAUCACCCAGAGCUGAAAGACCUGGCAGACGUCGACAAUGCAGUCGGUGUUGUUGAGUUCUUCGGCGGCAAGAUUGCAUACUUCUACUGCUCGCGGACCCAGGCACAUGGUCAUGAUGUCUGUACCGAGAUUACCGGCACUGAGGGUAAGGUGAUGGUCAACGUGAUUCCGCGACAGAACAACGUUGUCCUUGCCGAUAAACUGGGUAUGCGACACGAAGUGCAGCCGGAAUACUGGGAGCGAUUCGAGAAUGCAUUUGCCGUGGAAGCCAACGAGUUUGUAAAUGCAGUGCUCAAGGAUACCGAAGUCCCGCUGCCGCUGGAGCGAGGAAUCAUGGUGAUGAAAAUUGGACAAGCUCUGCAACGGGCUCUACUAUCUGGGGAGGUAGUCCGGUUUAACGAGAAUGGCGAGCGACUGAACUGCAACGAUUUGCAUUGA